CCCAGCGCCCGGCCAGGCGGCUGGCGAAGAAGCGACGCGCGCCGCUGGGAGGUGGGUGAGUUUGGGCGAGCCAGCAGUGACUAGGAGUGGAGCCCAGCUGCGCUGCCGACCAUGGACAACUACACAGUCCUGAGAGUGAUAGGCCACGGCUCCUUCGGCAGCGUUCUUUUGGCUACAGAGAAAAGCAGCAAUCAGACAUUCGCCAUGAAGGAAAUAAGACUGCUCAAGUCUUUCUCUGACGUACAGAAUUGUAGGAAAGAGGCUGUUCUGCUGGCCAAAAUGAAACACCCCAAUAUUGUUGCCUUUAAGGAGUCAUUCGAAGCUGAAGGGCAUCUGUAUAUUGUGAUGGAGUAUUGUGACGGAGGGGACCUAACGCAGAGGAUUAAACAGCAGAAAGGAAAGUUAUUCCCCGAAGAUACGGUACUUAAUUGGUUUAUACAGAUCUGUCUUGGAGUAAAUCACAUUCACAAGAGACGGGUUUUACACAGAGAUAUCAAGUCCAAAAAUGUCUUCCUCACCCACGAUGGAAAAGUGAAAUUGGGAGAUUUUGGCUCUGCCCGCCUUCUCUCCAGUCCCAUGGCAUUUGCACGCACGUAUGUGGGAACACCUUAUUAUGUGCCUCCAGAAAUCUGGGAGAACCUGCCUUAUAACAAUAAAAGUGACAUCUGGUCCUUGGGGUGCAUCCUGUAUGAACUCUGCGCUCUGAAGCAUCCAUUUCAGGCAAAUAGUUGGAAAAAUCUCAUCCUGAAAAUAUGUCAGGGGCCCAUCCACCCGCUGCCUGCUCUGUAUUCCUCUAAGCUUCAGUGUCUGGUCAAGCAGAUGUUGAAAAGGAACCCUGUGCACCGUCCCUCCGCCACGACCCUGCUCUGCAGAGGUAGCUUAGCCCCACUGGUCCUGAAGUGCUUGCCCCCUCAGAUCAUCAGAGAAUAUGGAGAACAGAUAUUAGAUGAAGUAAAAAUAUCCAAGCCUCAGAACGUGAAAAAACAAGGUAACCCACCAGAGCCCCCGAGGAAUGCCAGUCCAGCAAGCCCUCACAGGCAGAGGUGGGAGAGAUACGGUCCCAGUUCCGCUGUAGCAGCCUUGGAGAAAGCAUCCAUCCUGACCUCCAGUUUCACGGCGGAGGAUGACAGAGGCGGUUCCGUAAUAAAGUACAGUGAAGAAAAUGCCCGCCGGCAGUGGGUCAGAGAGCCCCCUGAGGCCUUGCUGUCUAUGCUGAAGGGCGCUGAUCUCAGCCUGGCAUUUCAAACAUACACAAUCCAUAGACCAGGUACAGAAGGCUUCCUGAAAGGUCCCCUUUCUGAAGACACAGCGUCAGACAGCGUCGACGGUGAUCUCGAUUCUGUCCUCGUAGACCCAGAGAGAUUUGAACCUCGGUUGGACGAAGAAGACACGGACUUUGAGGAAGAUGAUGAAAACCCUGAUUGGGUGUCAGAACUUAAGAAGCAAGUGGGACAGCGGGAUGUAGGUGGUGAACAGCUCCUUGGAGAACGUGUCGGGGAGACUCUGGAGAGAAACUGAUGUUGGGAGCCAAAGUGCGGACUGAGAAAAUGUAUCACAAGCUUACAAAGCAAUCCGAACCCUUGUGAGAUUUUAACACAAGGGAGGUCUAUCAGAUGCCGCUGUGCCUUGCAUUCUGACAGAACAGAGGUGCAGUGCUCCCCUGUUGGCCAUUAACUGUGUGUGACAAUAGGAAAUGACUUAACUCCUUUGGUCCCUAGGACAAAACAAUAAGAGUAAUGAUGCCUACCUCAUAAGAACACUGACCAAGACAGUUAGCCAUCCAGUGGUUGUUACCCACAGUUACUGUGUAACACUCUCACAUUUCCUAAAGGUUGAAGGAUGCAAAUACAUUAAGCUGUGGCAUAAAAGUGUGUGCUAUUCUUCAAUAAUACUCAGUUUGGAUAUGCUUCAA